AUGGAUGUAUUAGCAUUAAGUUAUAAGCAUUUACCUGAUCAUUUAAAGGUGUGUUUCAUUUAUUUCGGUGCUUUUCCUGAAGAUUUCCCGAUACCCGUUUGGAAACUGUUAAAUUUAUGGGUGGCAGAAGGGUUUAUUCAACAGAAAGGUCAAGAUUGUUUGGAGGAUUUAGCGGAAGAUUAUUUGGAAGAUCUUGUUGAACGCAAUCUGAUAUUAGUUGCUAAGAGGAGAUCAAACGGAAGGAUUAAAACAUGUCGUGUUCAUGAUAUGUUACACGAUUUAUGCCUAAAAGAAGUAUCAGAAGAAAAGUUUUUACAAGUAAUCAAAGGGUAUCAAAUUCUAGAUUCAAAUUCGCUAAUAAUCCCUUAUCACCGACGUGUUUAUGUUCAUUCACAUGUCAUGAACGUUAUUCACUCCAGACCUUGUGGACCCCAUGUUCGUUCUUUUCUUUAUUUUCCUUGUGAGGAAAAGGAAUUAUCUCGAGAACAUACGUCCUUCAUCCAUGAAUCUUUUAAAUUGGUUCGAGUUAUAGACAUGAUGUCGAUAAACAUUUCCCGAUUCCCGAUUGAAAUCACACAACUCGUUCAUCUUCGCUACAUCGCGCUUUUUGGCAAUUUUAAAGUUGUUCCUCCAUCGAUUUCAAAAUUAUGGAGUCUUAAAUCUUUAAUUGUUGAUACAACAUCGCGUGAUCUUGACAUUCAAGUUGACAUAUGGAAAAUGUCGCAAUUUCACCAUUUGCAUACAAGCGGGUCAAGUCGAUUACAUGGGCCGAAAGCGAAAACCCGGAUGGAUAAUGAAGACCCGUUUGUACAAAGAAACAUACAAACCAUCUCCACAAUUUCACCCGAUAGUUGCACUGAAAACAUCUUAGCGAGAACUCCCAAUUUAAAAAAACUUGGAAUUCGUGGAAAACUCUUGUUACUCAUGGAGGAAAAGAGAUCCGGAAUUACUUGUACUCCAAGUUUGUUUGACAAUUUUGCUAAGCUUGAUAACCUUGAAAAAUUAAAAUUAUUAAACGACACUUUCCCACGUCCACCACCUGAAGGUAAACUUCGGGGUCUUCCUUCACUCUACAAAUUCCCUCCUUAUUUAAACAAGUUGACUUUAUCAGACACGUUAUUGGAUUGGAAGCAUAUGUCUACGAUAGGGAUGUUGCCACAUCUUCAAGUGCUUAAACUAAAGGUGUAUGCAUUCAAGGGAGCUGAAUGGGAAGCUCUUGAUGGGGGUUUUCGGUUGCUUAAAGUGUUGCAAAUUGGUAAGACUGAUUUGGUUGUAUGGAAGGCUUCGGGUCAUCACUUCCCGAGACUAGAACAUGUUGUUAUUGAGCAAUGUAGCAACUUGUUGGGUAUUCCUGUUGGUUUGGCAGAUGUAUCUGCACUAAAGACCUUGGAGUUGUAUCAUACACCUUCUGCUGUAGAUUCUGCUCGUUUAAUUCAACAACAAAAGAAAAGGAAUGAUGAAGACUACAACUUUCUGUUUUACAAUGUUUUGCUUCUGAUAAUUUAUGCAUCUUGUCUUCACGAUUUCUUCUAUAUGAUAUUUACAGGAAGGGUGGUUAGUGCAAAGUUAGUGGAUCUUCUGUACUGCGGAGCACUUUUGGAACUUAUCAAGUAA